AACAAUUUGUUGUAUUAGUUCUCAGAUGCAGUCUCAGGAAGAUCACCUGAAUUUGUCGCCAAACGCAAUGGGACAUCAUAUUUGGUCAAAUCGUUUGCCAAAUCCAUGCCAACCAGAUUACGGUGCUGGACGCAUUUUUGACACGAAUGUAACCUUGGAGCAGGCAAUAUCCUGUGUACGUAACCAUAUCGGUACAGAUGUGCAUUUAAGUCUGGGCUUGGAACACAAUAAAGCAACAACUAUCAAAAAAGUAGCCGUUUGUGCUGGAUCUGGAGCUUCACUACUAAAAGGUGUAGAAGCAGAUUUAUACGUUACAGGCGAAAUGUCACAUCAUGAAUUGCUGGAUGCUAAUCACAAAAAGACUUCUGUCAUCUUGUGCAACCAUAGUAACUCUGAAAGAGGAUUUCUCCAAGUGUUCAAGGAACAAUUUAAUAAAAUUUUAAAUAAUGAAUGUGAAAUAUUUGUGUCGCAAAAGGAUAAAGAUCCUUUAAUUACAGUUAAAUAAAACUUACUU